CAGCCGGUCAUACUCCCCUGCUAUGAAUGAUUUCCAGUCUUGAAGAUGAAAUUCCCACAAUGCUCAGGAUGUUUGGUCAUGUGUUGACACAGCAGUGACUUGUGUGCAGCACCAACAGGCAGCCGUGUGUUACAGUGAACGCAUUGAUUUCCUCUCACUUCUCCUUUCAUUCAUGAAUGGCUUUGAUUCAGACUGUUUUGAUUCUAAGUCUGGGCCCAGCCCUAAAAAAAAGGGGGAGAUGGUGGGGAUUACUCCCCCAAAAAUGAGGGGUAGCCUAUUUUGGACAAACUUUCUUGCUGGUUUGCUGCAAAUCAAGUUUGUUUGUCUGACGGCAUUCUUUGUUUUGCAGAGAGCAAAGCGUCAGAGCAAACCUCCCAAACCAGCGCUGAAGGUGACGGAGUACCACGUGAGGAGCUCCGUGGUGUCCCGCUAUGCCGUCACCACCGUCCAGAGCUCGGUGUGGAACCAGCUCCCCAUCGUCAAGGAGGCGGCCUUUGAGGUGGACCUGCCCUCCUCCGCUUUCAUCUCCAACUUCACCAUCUCCUCUGACGGUAAGGUGUACGUGGCCCAGGUGAAGGAAAGAGCUGCCGCCAGGAAAAUUUACGACGCUGCGAAGAAGCAAGGAAAAACGGCUGGUCUGGUCGCAACCAAAGAACGGGAAAUUGAAAAGUUUCGCGUGGCCGUGUCAGUGCCCUCGGGAACCCGGAUGUCCUUCCUUCUCACGUACGAGGAGUUGUUAAGUCGUCGACUUGGGCGUUACGAGCUCAGUUUGGGUCUGAGGCCGGGGCAGCCUGUGCAGAACCUCACUGUGGACGUCAGAAUAUCAGAGAGAACUGGGAUUAGUUUCAUCAAGGUUCUCCCUCUGAAGACGAGCAGACUGAUCUCCAACAACAAUCCAGGAGACACAGACGCCCCUGUUUCCUCUCAUGUGGAGAAGAGCGCCACCUGUGCUCGGGUUCAGUUUAGCCCGACUCUGAAGCAGCAAAGCAACGUUUCCUCUAAAGGCCUCAAUGCAGACUUCAUCAUACAGUACGAUGUGGAGCUCACAGACCUCAUAGGAGACGUCCAGGUGUAUGACGGAUACUUCGUCCAUUACUUUGCACCCAGAGGACUUCCUGUGGUUCCCAAGGAUGUGAUAUUCGUCAUUGACAUCAGUGGAUCCAUGAUAGGCAACAAGAUGAAGCAGACCAAACAAGCCAUGACUACCAUCCUUGGAGACCUUCGAGAAGGAGACCACUUCAACAUCAUCACCUUCUCCGACAAGGUUCAGACGUGGAAGAAAGGUCGAACGGUGCGAGCCACCCGGACGAACGUCCGAGAAGCCCAAGAGUUUGUCAGACGGAUCAUGGCAGAAGGAUGGACCAACAUCAACGCCGCUCUGCUUUCUGCCGCCCAGCUCAUCAAUCCGUCUUCCUCCUCUGGAUCCUCCGGUCGCCUCGUGUCUUCUCGUGUCCCGCUGGUUAUUUUUCUGACUGAUGGAGAAGCCACCAUCGGAGUGACGUCAGGCGACAUCAUCCUGAACAACGCCAAGAAAGCGCUGGGCUCCACCUCCCUGUUCGGUCUCGCCUUUGGCGACGAUGCCGACUUACUUCUUCUGAAACGUCUGGCUCUGGAGAACGGCGGCGUGGCCCGGAUGGUGUACGAGGACGCCGACGCCGCCCUGCAGCUGAAGGGAUUUUAUGAUGAAGUGGCCAGUCCGCUGCUGUCAGACAUCCAGCUGUCCUACUUGGACGACCAGGCGUUUGACGUGACCCGAUCGCUGUUUCCAAACUACUUCCAGGGCUCGGAGUUGGUGGUGGCCGGAAGAGUCAAACCGGGAGUCCACGACCUAAAGGUGUCGAUGUCAGCAACAGAUUUAAAGGAGGAGGUGAAGCUGGAGAACGAUGUGGAUGUUUCCCAGGAAAAGGGAAAUGAGAGUCGAGGCUCAGUGGACUGUUUGGAAGAUUGGGAACGGAUCUCUAGCAUCGUCCAUCGUCUCUGGGCUUAUUUUACCAUCAAGGAGCUUUCUGUGGCCAAACUGAAUACUACUGAUCCUGCAGCGCAAAAGUUGCUGACAGAAAAAGCCACUAACCUCUCUCUUAAAUACAACUUUGUGACACCGUUCACCUCUCUAGUUGUUGUUAAACCAGACGCAGAAGAACCAACCACAACUCCCCCUAUGACAAAACCCACAACUACAGUCACAACUACAACCACCAACAAACCAGCAGCUUUUAUAAAAAAACUCAGCUUACAAUCGAAAAAUUCACAGUCAACUCAAAAAGUAAAAAACACUUUACCUCCAAUUUCCAAAGUUUCACCACCCAAGAAAACUGCAUCAUCAAAUCCCAUCAAAGCUGCGAUGGCAGCCAUCUCUGGAAAAAUUCCCUCCACCUCCCAAAACAAAUCUAAAAACGCCUCUUCUCCUCUAACAGUAAAGAUGCCCAAAAGUCUCCCUCCACAGCUUCCUGCACCUGCAAAACUGUCCACAUCUCCACCGGGCAGCACCAAAACCAUCCCCCGGCAUCAGGUGACUUCCACCACUUCAGCACCAACCACUCCACUCAGAACCUCAACGCCACAUUCCAGUCCUCUAAGGACCGCCCACCCCUCUGUCAACAAACCAGAGACGUCUGCGGUGGGAGAGAACGCCACCAAAACAGCACCAGACCAUCAUGGUCACCCUGAAACCAGUACCGCUGCAACCAAACUGGUUCCCGCGCUCAGUUUACCUGACGUGGAAGACGACUCAGAAACAGACGCGCAGCUGAGCGUUUCCACUCUGGUGCCGGUGGCUUUUCUUCGCAUGCCGGGAGUAACAAAAGAGCCGCAACCCCAAGUAGCUGAGCUCGUGGAUGACGUAACCUUAAUGCACUUCCAAGAAAAUGAUUAUGACUUCAACUUUGACUACGACUAUAAUCUCAACUAUGAUGGAUGGGACGAUCCAGCCUCUGGGUUUUCAUUUGUGCUUGGGAGUGAGGAGGACUGUCCUUUAGUUGAAUGUCUUGUGCUUUUAGAACCUCAGCCCCGCCCGAACUCCAACGUGUUCGUCACAUCAGUUGAUGGAGACCCUCAUUUUCUGCUUCAGCUUCCAAGACAGAAUCAGAGUCUGUGUUUCACGGUGGACGGCAAAGCCAACGAUGUUCUCAGGCUGCUGGAGGACCCAGAGAACGGGAUCGUGGUGGAUGGCCGUCUCCUCGGAGCUCCGUCCAAACACGGAGUGGAGAGUCGCUCUCGGACUUACUUCGAUCAGCUCAUCGUCUCCUCACUCGGCAGCUCUGGUGAAAUCACGAUCACCGUGUCACUGGAUGCGGUGGCGGUGGAAGGGGAAGGCCGGGACACUCUUCCCGUCAACCAGCAGGCAUCCAUCACCAGGCAGGGUGUGACGGUCACCGUGGACAACCACCACGGCUGCUGGAUGGAGCUGGCCCGGGGCGUGCGCUUCCUGGUCCUCUUUCACCGCUACAAACACCCCAGCUACCUGCAGAUGGCGCACUUGGGUUUUUACAUUGCAAAUGGAGGGGGGCUUUCUGCUUCGACCCAAGGGCUUAUGGGACAGUUUCAGCACGCUGACAUAAGCAUCACAGAGAUGCAAACACGACCGGAUCACCCACCCAACACGGACAGAACUGCAGUCAGGGGGGUCCUCAGGUGGGGGUCGGAGCAGAUGCCGGUGACCUUGCAGGACAAGAUGCUAAAAGACUCUCUGCAAAAGAGCCACCCGGGCAAAUGCUGGGUGGUGCCCAAAGCGCAGGUGGAGAGACUCCUGGGCCGUCCCUACGACAGCUACGUGGUGAAUCGCGUGUAGCUGCAGCACAGUCGACACCACCCUGGUUUAUUUGGGGUUUUUCAUUUGCAGCAUAGGUAGGAAUCAGGUUAAAAAUGAAGACAUCGAAUGAGUGACUUAUUUUGAAAGGGGAAAUAUGGAGCGAAACUGGAUUUGAACGCAUCACAACGCUGCUUAGACUGAAUAUCAUCUUUAAUCCAUCACUAACUGGACUCAUGCUCCUCUGGUCUCCCGUGGCAACCACAGAACAUCCCUUUGAGCUUCAAAAUAUACCCCAACUCCGAUAAGAAAUCCCUCUAAAUGGAGUCUUUUGUUUCUUCCUUUGUGGUUUUUGCUCCAAAUCGACUGUAUGACAAAAACUUUCUUGUGUAUAAAAAAAAUCCUCCUAUAAAGACAAACCAACACAGGGUCUUCGCCAUGUUUGCCAUGUGCUUUUUUUUUAUUUUUCUAUCAUUUCAUUCAUAGUUUAAUUCAUUUUAUUUGUUACACAAGACAUUAGGCAUUGUUCACAUACUAGUGAUCAAACAAGGACAGUAAGUUUCUACUACUCAGCCUGAACUUCUAGGGCUUUUGUCAGUUUCCAGGUAUGUUGUCAACAGUGGUUUUCAAAGGCCAUAUUGGAUUAAAUUAAAACAGUACAAGCACACACGAGCCCCUGCCCCCCCAUUUCAUAAAAAGACAGUAUCCGAUGCGGAGACGGGGGGUGUCGGGUUAAACAUAUUUCUGUUCAAGGGUUUGAGGAUUUUCUACAUGUUUCCAGUAUGAAUUGAGUUUUUUUCUCAAGAAUAAAACAUAAAAUCAUGGAAUGAUCACUACAUAACAAAAAACACAGCAAAUAAACAAACAAACAAAUCAUCCUGGAGUGCAGUAAUUCAACAAUCUGGUCUCGAAACCCACAAUUAAAUUAUUAGCAUAGGAUAUUCUGCAUUUAACGUAAACUUUCAACAA